CCUUAAGGCCGCCGCCCGGCGCCAUCUUUGUCUCUCUCACCGCUGGGCGCGCAGCAGGGAGGAUGGGGCACCAACAGCUCUACUGGAGCCACCCCAGGAAAUUCGGACAGGGCUCGCGUUCCUGCCGCGUGUGCUCCAACCGCCACGGUCUCAUUCGCAAGUACGGCCUGAACAUGUGCCGGCAAUGCUUCCGCCAGUACGCCAAGGAUAUCGGAUUCAUCAAGCUGGAUUGAGCGCCGGGAGGAUGAGGCUGUCGCCAGCAGGUCCCAGGGCUCCCCUGGGCCUCUCCAACAAAUCUCGACAUACCUCUACUUAAUAAAUAUUCUCCCUUCCCGACUGA